AUGCGGAAUGAGAGCCAUACCGGUAAACUGAUCUGCCGCGUCAACUACUAUGAAGCCAUCUUUGACACCAUCUCAGACGACGACAUCCUCGCUGCACUUGCUGAGGUCGAUCAGGAUCAGGAUCCAAACACGACAAGUCAGUCUACCAUUGUGGUGGAUGUUAAUGAUAGCGAGGACGAAUCGAUCAUAGACGACAACGACGAUGACCUCGCUGCAUUCGCUGAGGUCGUUCAGGAUCAGGAUCCAAACACAACAAGUCAGUCUACCAUUGUGGUGGAUGAUUAUGAGGAUAGCAAUAGCGAGGAUGAGCCGCUCAUAAGGCGGCGCCCAGGUUGGAAAAGCGUUUCCAGUUCGGAGUCAAUCCAACUCGACGAUGAAAGCGAGGAUGAUCUGCAGAGGCCAUUAACACAAGUCAUAUCAACACAAAGCUCCUCUUCCAGUCAUGCAAGCACUUCAAGCACUUUGUUGCCCGAGUGGACCUCUCCAAUGCCCUCCACCAUGGAUACUGCUUCUGGAUGCAUGGCCAUUAGCAUAGAGCAGGCGGCUAAAGGCCUUCAAGGCUACACGAACCUAUACAUUAUUGGUCUUUAUAGUUUCUUGAACCGGCCCAUCUAA